AAGUCACUGAAAAAAAUAAUAAAAGAAGAAGCGGUAAAGCGUCAACAGGAAGGAAGACAAGACACAACAACACCUCCAUUAUUGUCUGAAUCUUCUUCGCGUCUCUCAACAACACCACCACCACCUCUUAAAUGAUUCUCCUGUACAAUCCCUCCUCUUAACAAAAAAAAAAAACACUUUAGAUCUCUCGCAUGACGAUCCGGAGCUUGAUCCAAGAAAUGCGGUCGAGACCGCACCGCGUGGUCCACGAAGCAGCUUCGACUACUCCUGUCUCGGAACCUUUUAGAUGGUCGGAGCUCCCCGAUGAGCUGCUGAGGGAAAUCUUGAUUAGAGUAGAGACGGCGGACGACGGAGACUGGCCGUCGCGGCGAAGCGUGGUGGCUUGCGCCGGUGUGUGCCGUGUGUGGAGGAUGAUGGUGAAGGAGAUCGUAGCUGUUCCUGAACUCUCCUCUAAAUUGACUUUCCCAAUCUCUCUCAAACAGCCUGGUCCAAGGGGUUCUCUAGUUCAGUGCUUCAUAAAACGUAACCGUAAUACGCAAUCCUAUCAUCUCUAUCUCGGUUUAACCAACUCUUUGACGGAUAACGGGAAGUUUCUUCUUGCUGCUUGUAAGCUAAAGCGCGCAACUUGCACUGAUUACAUCAUCUCUCUGCGCUCAGACGAUAUGUCAAGGCGAAGCAACGCAUAUCUCGGUAGAGUCAGAUCGAACUUCAUUGGAACAAAGUUCACUGUCUUCGAAGGUAAUCUAGUGCCACAGACCAGAUCAUCAAAGAUGGUGAAGAGCCGCUCUUCUAACCUCAUGAAAGUUUCACCUAGAGCUCCUUCAGGAAGUUACCCCGUUACUCACAUUUCGUACGAGUUAAACGUCUUAGGCUCCAGGGGACCAAGACGAAUGCGUUGCGUAAUGGAUACAUUACCCACGAGUCUCAUGCAUCCCCAAAGAGCAGCAGCUUCAAGCAACAGCUUGAGAGACCCACCACUGGUGCUGAGCAACAAGACUCCACGGUGGCACGAGCAGCUGCGUUGCUGGUGCUUGAAUUUCCACGGUCGAGUCACGGUGGCCUCGGUCAAGAACUUUCAGCUUGUGGCGGUCGGAGAUAGGGAGACAGAGCAGGCGACAUCUGAGAGGAUUAUACUACAGUUUGGGAAAGUUGGAAAGGACAUGUUCACUAUGGAUUAUGGAUAUCCCAUCUCUGCGUUUCAAGCGUUUGCUAUUUGCCUUAGCAGUUUUGAGACCAGAAUCGCUUGUGAAUGAUAUGAAGAAAGAGACCAAAACCUCUAAAACACCUUCUUCUUUUUUUUUUAUUUAUGUACACUUAGUGUUGUUGUUGUCUGUAAAUGGGACAUACUUGUGCCUUAAUCUCAGGACCGUUGAUAGCUUUUGUCUGGAUUUGGUUUACUACCAUUAUAUAUUUUCUCUA